AUGACCACCACAGGCUCCCGUCUAGCAGGCAAAGUCGCCAUUGUCACCGGCGGUGGCUCUGGCUUCGGAGCCGCCAUCGCCCUCCGCUACGCGCAGGAGGGCGCCCAAGUCAUCAUCGGCGACAUCAACACCGCCGCCGGCGAGGCCGUGGCCUCGCAACACCCUUCAUGCAUCGCCUUCCAGAAGAUGGACGUGUCCUCGCGGCCGGACUGGGAGUCCAUCAUCGCCACCGCGGUCCAGGCCCACGGCCACGUCGACAUCCUGGUCAACAACGCCGGCACCACGUACCGCAACAAGCCCACGGCCGAGGUCACCGUGGACGAGUUCCAGCGCGUCUUCGAUGUCAACGUGAAGAGCAUCUUUCUGGCCUCGCAGACCUUCAUUCCCCGGUUGAUUGAGCAAGGGAAAGGUGGGUCGAUGAUCAAUAUCUCCUCCACGGGAGCCCAGAGGCCGCGGCCGGGAUUGGUGUGGUAUAAUGCUUCCAAGGGAGCGGUGUCGAAUGCCACAAAGGGUCUUGCUGCCGAGUACGGCCCACAUCUGAUCCGCGUCAAUAAUGUCUGCCCUCUUCUCUCAGGCACUGGUCUCUUCGAAAUGUUCGUCGGAGUUCCCGACACUCCCGAGAACAGGGCGAAAUUUGUCGCCAAUGUUCCUCUGGGUAGGCUUACCGAUCCCAACGAUGUAGCAAAUAUGUGUCUAUAUCUUGCCUCUGACGAAGGCGCCUUCAUAAACGGCACUGAUAUGAUCGUUGAUGGGGGAAAAUGUAUAUAA